UAUUGUACCAUAUCCUCUCCCACGAUCUCCCUCGUUCUUAUUAUCCUUUUCUCGUAAAAACUCCAUUACUCCGGUGGAAGAAGAACCAGAAGAAGAUUUACACGAAGCGAGAAAUGGCAGCCAUGGCUGCUCUUCAGAGCUCAAUGACCUCACUUUCUAUGACUUCCAACUCUUUCUUUGGCCAACGCCUCUCUUUUCCCUCUGUUUCCCCUAUAUCCGUCAAGUCACCAGAGAAUACGUGUCUCAUUGUUGCGAAGCUUAAGCCAUGGGAGCGGAAGGAAUGUAAGCCAAACAGCCUUCCAAUUUUACACAAAAUGCAUGUUAAGUUGGGAGACACAGUUAAAGUAAUUUCUGGAGAUGAUAAGGGGAAGGUUGGAGAGGUUACUAAGAUCUUCAGGCAUAACAGCACUGUGGUAGUCAAAGAAAUAAAUCUGAAGACCAAGCAUGUGAAGAGCAGAGAAGAGGGAGAACCUGGACAGAUUAUUAAGAUUGAAGCACCUAUUCACAGUUCAAAUGUGAUGCUUUACUCUAAGGAACAGAAUGUAGCGAGCCGAGUCGGCCAUAAAGUUCUUGACAAUGGGAAGCGAGUUCGUUAUCUCAUAAAAACCGGCGAAGUAAUUGAUAGUGCAGAGCAGUGGAAAACUUUGAAGGAAGAGCAGAACAAGAAAACUGAAGUAGCUGCUGCUUCAUAGGAACAUAACACAUGAGUUGAGUUCUGUCUGCUUUUCUUCUUUCAUGGUCAAAUUAUUUUGAGAUGAUGAUCUUGUUAAUUCAUUUAAAGUCACUGGACCAUUGGUUGUAUGGCUAACUGAUACAGAUUCGUAGCCUAAAAAUUGCAAGUUGGUUUAUAUUGUAUCUAAUGCAGUUUGUUGAUCAA